AUGCCGAAGAAUUCUGACCUCAUGAAGUACAACUCACUUCUAGGCAUCAAGGGCAUCAACAUCCGCAACACCUUUAUCGAAUUUGAGGAUGAGGACAUGCUCGGGGAAUUGGACGUCGACCCCAGGGGCAGCUUUGGACGCCAGGCAUCUUUUCUCGGGAGCAAGUGGCUGCACGAAAUGACAACCAAGGAGCAGACGACAGCGGUCACGGCGGAGGGCUCCUACACGCCUCCACUUUUGCCGCAAGCACUUCUUAGUUCGCAUUUCACAAAGCUGGCACAGGAGGGCACCAUUGAUGUGGUCGAUCCAUGCAUGUUGCUCGGCUGCUGCACCUCAGCUGACAACUUGUUUGGCUGCCUUGCGAUGGGAACCAAAGUCACGCCGAAUGGGUCCACAGAUGUGGAAGCAGCGGCGGCGCAAACAGCGGAGCUUCCAGCAGCUGUGUCGCCACCACUGCCUUCCACCAGCGCGGUCAUGAAGGUGACUUGCAAGAAGAACCUGUUCUUAGCUUUAAAGCGCGGACGCUUCAUUGCUGGGCCUUUCAACAUGGCCCUCCAGCUUGGCUUCACAGUCAUGAUGUACUAUAUCUUCAUGAACAUCGUGGAAGACGCUGAGCGCGAGAACGGUGCAAGUUUGGGCCGAUUUUUGAUGGCGGCAUUCCUCCCACUGAACACAUUGCUGGGAAUAUCGUUCUCAAUGAACUCGGCAGUCUAUGAUAUUGUUGGAGAGAAAGAUCAGAAGAUGAAAAUCCUGCAGAACAUCUAUGGUGUAUCAGAGAACAUGUACUGGCUGUCCUGGUACGUCUUCUACUUUGCCAUCGCUCUCUUCUGCCUGGUUCUUAUCUAUAUUUGUUGGCUGGCCAUCAUCCCGGUCCUUGAAACUGUCAACUUCCUGAUCUCUCUCAUCAUUCUUUCUACCGGCUUUCUACAAACAAUGGCCAUGGUCUUUUGUCUCAGCAUCUUUAUUGACAAGCCAAGAAUUGCGGACUUUAUCAUGAGCAUGACGACCAUGAUUAUUGUCUGCGGAAGCUCCGCACUGCAGUUCCUGCUUCGACAGCAGCCCUGGCUUGGCUGGUUGACUGGCUUCAUCCCCUUUUGCAAUGUCUUCCAGUCUCUGACUUCCAUGAUAUGGCUAAGCGCAGCACGGACGUGUGAUGCUUCCGGCAGCUGUCAGUUCGUGGGCGUCACGUUCGACAAUCUCUUGGUCACAGACAUCUGUAUGCUGGACUACCAUCCAGUUCAUUUUCCUUGCCUAGAUCUGGCGAAAGCCACAAUCUUCCCACUGGGAUGGGCCAUGUUGCUAAUGGUGAUUUCCACCACUGGAGUUCUGGUUCUGGUGUGGUGGCUAAGUCAUGUGAGGCAGGGCCAAUAUGGCAUGGCUAAGCCUCUGUGCUUUUGCUUCAUGCCCAAGUAUGCUUGCCCAAAGCGCCCUCAGCCUAGCGAGCCUCUCGUGGGUGAUCGGGAUGCCGAAGGGUCCAGGCAAAAGGUGCUCUCCAUACAGAAUUUGCGUAAAGUCUUCGGGGAUGGUAAAGUGGCGGUGGAUGACCUGUGCCUGGACGCCUAUGCUGGAGAGAUCUUUGCCCUCCUUGGUCAUAAUGGUGCUGGCAAGACCACUGCGCUCAACUGUGCCGUGGGGCUUAUCCCUCCCACAUCAGGGGAAACGGUCAUCAACGGUAUGCUUCGAGGUGUUCACGAAUCCAACGUGGACGAUCACAUAAGCACGAUCUUGAAGGCUUUGGGCCUGGAAGAGAAGAAGGACAGCCAAUGCGACAAACUCUCUGGAGGGCAGAAACGGCGGCUAUGGGUUGCCACAGCACUGAUCGGAGCUUCCCCAGUGUCGUUUUUGGAUGAGCCUACCAGCGGCAUGGACCCCUCCUCGCGGCGAGAACUGUGGGAUCUUCUUCUGCGCAUGCGAGACACAGGCCGGUGUAUCAUAUUCACAACACACUACCUGGAAGAGGCAGACAUUCUUGCUAACCGCAAGGCCGUGUUGGCACGCGGCAAAGUCCAAGCAGUGGGGACUUCACGUGAGCUGAAGCACAGGUUCGGAGUGGGCUACCGUCUUACGCUGGCAUUGAGCCCUGAUGGAAGCGCUUCAGCCAGUGAACUUGAGCGUUUUGCUCAGGAGCAAGUGCCGUCGGCAGCUUUGGAAAAUGGCGCUGAUGAGGAGUCACGGCAAGUGAACAUCACCUUGAGCUUCGAAGAGGUUAACAAAUUCUCCGCCCUCCUGCAAGCGCUGGAGCAGUCUCAGCAACAGCUCGGGGUGCUGGACUACAUUUUGGGCAUGUCUUCUUUAGAGGACGUCUUCAUGGCAUUGGGCAGGCAAGCGGAGGAAGAGGCACAACCAGAUGAAGCAGGAAAGACGCCGGUAAACGUGGACUUCCAAGCAGUUGAGGCUGAAACCCCUGUUGCGCAGCCCCGGGCCGAGUCCUGCGAAUGGCGGAAUAUCAAAGCUGUGUUCUUGUUGCGCAUAUCCUCGCUGCGACUCAACCGCUUCAGAGCAUCAAUGGUUAUUCUUGUUCCAAUCUUGCUGCAGGUCGCAGGUCUGACCCUCGCUGGCAUGGGUGCCACGUCAGAGGAUGGUGGCUCUAACGGCUAUGCUAUUGGGGUGUAUCCUGCCAUGGCCUACGGCGUGGCGCUCAUUAACUCUGCCUCAGAUGUUGUCACUGAUACAAAGAACAAGUGCAAGUACGUUUCCAUAUCACAGGGUCUCUCUCCACGAGCUUACUGGCUGGGCAGCUUUCUGGCACACGUUUGCCUUUUGGUUCCGCUGUCCUUCUGCUUCCUGAUUUUGUUCUUUACCAUGCGGCCAGCGUCCAUUCCUGUCCAGAGUGCUCCAGUAGCCAUACUGGCUAUGUUUCUUUACCCCAUCCCCACAACGCUUGCAAUCUACAACUUGGCAGCUGCAUUUUCUACAGCAGAGUCGGUAUCUAAGAUCGUGCCUGUAGCGCUGAUGGCAACAAUUCUAUUGCCCGGCAUGGCCAUUUGGGUGUUGUCAGCAUCAUUUGUCCCGGAGAGUUUGAGCACAGUUGCCCUGGUCUGGCACGUGGUGCACUCCAUCCUCAAUCCGUGCUACUGCCUUCCGGGCGUAAUGUCCUACCUCGUCAACGUGGACGGGCCCAGGAACCUCUCUGCCGGGGAGUACUUUGCGACCUUGACAGCCUUGCCAGUGUAUGUGUUGCCUGUGACUUCGGCAUUGUACCUCGCCAAUCUGAUUCGUUUGGAUACAAAGAGCUAUGUCAACAAGCCCGCUAAACCGUCAGAAGCAGGAGCCACUGCACAGGACGAGGAUGUGCUGGCUGAGGAGGCGCGCUGUCGGCAAGAAGCUGCUGAAGAUGAUGCCGCCAGGUACCAGGACUUGAGCCACACAUACAAAGUAGCAGACACCGGUUCACGCCCAUCCGCUUGUGCCCAUGUCACCCGCGAGUACAAGUAUGUGAAUGCCGUGAGGAACAUCAGCCUUGGAAUCCACAAAGGGGAAUGUUUCAGUUUGCUUGGGCCGAACGGCGCUGGAAAGACAACAACGCUUGGAAUCCUGACAGGGGAGAUCAGGAAUCCCAGUGCCGGCAAAGUCAGCAUCUUCGGUCACAACAUGGCCCACGAAAAGGAACGACUUUCGGCCUUCGAGCUUCUGGGCGUCUGCCCUCAGGUAGAUCCUCUCUGG